GUAGGUCAAAUACGAACUACAUUUAAAUGCAAUUCAUGAGGUAUUAAAUAGUCGUAGGCAGUAAUUCAGGGGGGAUAAAGAGUGUAGGUGACGAAACGAGGCGACAGGACGCUGGAGGCGCACGCAAGCGUGAGGACAGAAGUUACACGCUUUCUGUGAAGAACCUAAUGACCCGCGCAAAGUCUUAAAGUUAAGCGGAAUCUUUACCGAAAUACGUAAACUUGAAGAAUAUGAUGACGACUGAGAAAGAGCUGGUGAUAGACAACCUCGAAACAGAUGCAAUGGCCACUCCUUCUCCAGCCAAAAGUAUGGGCGACCCAGGCAUCACGCCACUCUCCCCCACGCAUGUACUGAAGGACUCAGAAGAGAAUGAGCCUACGAAACACCACUACGUGGUGGUGGUGGCCAUCGACUUUGGCACCACCUCCAGUGGCUACGCAUAUGCCUUCACUAAAGAACCGGAGUGCAUUCACACCAUGAGGCGUUGGGAGGGCGGAGACCCAGGUGUGUCCAAUCAAAAGACGCCAACCACCAUUCUGCUGACCCCAGACAAGAAGUUCCAUAGUUUUGGUUAUGCGGCUCGGGAUUUUUACCACGACCUGGAUCCCACUGAAUCUAAACAAUGGCUUUACUUGGAAAAGUUUAAAAUGAAACUGCACACAACUGCUAAUCUGUCCAUCGAUACAGAUUUGCAUGCGGCCAAUGGGAAAAAGGUGAAGGCUCUUGAUAUAUUCGCAUACGCUCUGGCCUUUUUCAAGGAGCAGGCUCUUAAGGAGCUGAGUGACCAGGCAGGGGCAGAUUUUGAUAAUGGCGAUGUGAGAUGGGUCAUCACUGUACCAGCUAUCUGGAAGAUGCCGGCCAAGCAGUUUAUGAGAGAAGCAGCAUAUAAGGCUGGUCUAGUUCAUCGUGACAACCCAGAUCAGCUGAUCAUUGCUCUGGAACCCGAGGCAGCAUCCAUUUACUGCCGCAAGCUCCGCCUCCAUCAGAUGGUUGAUUUGGACUCCAAAACAGCUUUGAACGGUUAUAACCCAACAGAGAAUGUUGGGGCAGGAAUGGCCCAGGCCAAGGAGCAUGUGCGCCGUAACCGACAGAGCCGCACGUUUCUGGUGGAGAAUGUCAUAGGAGAGCUCUGGUCUGAACUCACUGAAGGUGACCGUUAUGUGGUCGUGGAUUGUGGAGGUGGGACGGUGGAUCUGACGGUGCAUCAGAUACGGCUUCCUGAGGGACACUUAAAGGAGCUUUAUAAAGCCUCAGGAGGGCCAUACGGCUCUAUCGGGAUCGAUUAUGAAUUUGAGCAGCUCCUGUGUAAGAUAUUCGGGCAGGAUUUCAUUGACCAGUUUAAGAUCAAGCGUCCAGCUGCCUGGGUGGAUCUGAUGAUCGCGUUUGAGUCUCGGAAGAGGGCAGCAACUCCUGACCGAAGCAAUCCACUCAACAUCAACCUGCCUUUCUCUUUCAUCGACUACUACAAAAAGUUCAGAGGACACAGCGUAGAGCAUGCACUGAGGAAAAGCAAUGUGGACUUUGUGAAGUGGUCAUCACAGGGCAUGUUGAGGAUGAGUCCGGAUGCUAUGAAUGCACUGUUUAAACCAACUAUAGACCACAUUAUACAGCACCUGACGGAGUUAUUUGACAGGCCAGAGGUGACCGACAUUAAGUUCCUGUUCCUGGUGGGUGGAUUUGCUGAAUCUCCUCUGCUGCAGCAGGCGGUUCAGAACAUGCUUCAGGGGCGGAGCCGAAUUAUUAUUCCCCAUGACGUGGGCUUAACCAUUCUCAAGGGUGCGGUGUUGUUCGGCCUUGAUCCCAGCGUUAUAAAGGUGCGACGCUCUCCGCUUACUUACGGUGUGGGCGUCCUGAACCGAUUCGUCGAGGGAAAGCACCCACCCGAGAAGAUGCUCGUGAAGGACGGAACACGCUGGUGCACCGACGUCUUCGAUACGUUCAUCUCUGCAGAUCAGUCCGUGGCGCUCGGCGAAACGGUCAAACGCAGCUACACGCCGGCGAAGCCGUCGCAACAGGUGAUCGUCAUCCACGUAUACUGCUCGGAAAGAGAGUCGGUCAGUUUUAUCACGGACCCCGGUGUGAGGAAGUGCGGUACGCUGAAGCUGGAUGUGAGCGGUACCGAGAGUCCAGUGGCAAGAAGAGAGAUCCAGACCCUUAUGCAGUUUGGAGACACUGAGAUAAGAGCUAUGGCUGUCGAUGUGGCAACCUCUCGCACCGUCAAAGCUAGCAUCGACUUCCUUAGUCAAUAGUAUUACUACAUGAUAGAAGAGAGAAAUACAAAUAGGGAGAGAAAUGAAGGUCGUAGGUUUGGAGUCUCAACUAAUACAUCGUUUAAAAGUUGAUUUAAUAGUUGUGCCUUUCAUGUUUUUAGUUUGUUUUGUCCUUAACCUGUACACAACUUCUACUCAGCUUUCUUAUAUCAUAGAGAGAGGAAGUCUUGACAGUACAUUCACUUAAAUUCAUAUGCUUUGAUUAUAUGUCUGCUUGUAGUAUCCUAUUGGCUGUUUUAUGCACAUAGAGAUGAACAUUUGCAUGGUUAGAGCCAAAACAGCAGCGAGUUGCUUCUUGUGCUAGUUCAGCGCCAUGUAUUAACUUAGGAAGUCAGCAUAGCUCUAAGUUCAGGUUAUGGCAGCUACAGCGCUCUUACAUACAGAAGACAUCAUGGCUGAAAUCUAAUGAAAUGUACUGCUUUGCUUUGGUCUCUUAUCUUUAAAGCAGUUGAGUUCAGUGAUUCAGCCAGGUUCUUGUGUUUAUCAUCUCAGAAAUGUAAGGUUUUUGGAAAGGAGAGAGCAGUACAAGUCCCAUGAACUGAUCAAACUUGAGGUACACUGCAAACCAUUUUUCUAAGCAGUAUUUUGUUACCAGUUUAAUAUGCAUUCUUUGAACAACAUAAAUUCACUUUAUGUAUGAUAAGGAUUGUUUUAAGAGACUUUAUUUUAGAUCAAGCUGUUUUUACUCCACCAUGUAACUGAAAUAGCGAUUAUCGUCUUUUCUUUAUCGUGAUGUAUAUCCAAGUGAAACAUCUUCUGAAUGAGAAAAGAAAAUGUAGGGCGGGACUUGAUUUCUUCGUUUGAACCAUGAGGAUAGAACCAUGUUGCUAAUUGCAAAUUAGGCAGAAACCAGUUUCCAAUAGCCCCGCCUUCCUGUCAUUCCUCAUGACAGGAAGCAAAGGGAGGUCGUUUUGAGGAGGGGAGGAGGUUAAGGUUUUUGAUUUAAAGAUUAAAGGAUUAGUCCAUUAAAAAAAAAAAGAUAAUUUACUCACCACCAUGUCAUCCAAAAUGUUGAUGUCUUUCUUUGUUCAGUCGAGAAGAAAUUAUGUUUUUUUGAAAAAAACAUUCCAGGAUUUUUCAAAUUUUAAUGGACCCCAAAACUUAACAGUUUUAAUGCAGUCUAAAAUAGCAGUUUCAAAGGACUCUAAACGAUACCAAACGAGGCAUAAGGGUCUUAUCUAACGAAACGAUUGUCAUUUUUGGCAAAAAAAUGCCAGCAUGACCUCACGUAAUACAUCAUCACAUCAAGAGGUCACGGAUGACGUAUGCAAAACUACGCCCCAGUGUUUACAAGUGUGGAGUAAGAGGACCGUUCUGACUUUGUUGUAUGUCGAAUGAUACUAAUUAAUGUCUUUGUGUCAGUUUAUUGUUCAAAAAUGGUCCUCAAAUGUGCGUUUCAUAUAUUUAACACGUGACCUUUCAACAUCAUUACGCAAUUUUUCUUUUUCUUGCCAAAAAUAACAAUCAUUUCGUUAGAUAAGACCCUUAUGCCUCGUUUGGGAUCAUUUAGAGUCCUUUGAA